AUGUUCCGCACACGUACUAUAUCUCGUGCAUUAUGGCAUCAGCAAGCUCAAAUUAGAAUACAUUAUGCAAGACCAUGCGCUAGCAUCUUGCAUAUUAGCAAACCAAACUUCUUGCAUUCAAGAAGUUUAAAUACUGUAACUGUGGAAGAUAGCUAUGUGAAAAAAUUCAUGAAUGCAGUUGGAUGGAUGGACCAAUCUAGGACUCGUUUAAAAUUGACAGGAUAUUUCUUAUAUGAAUGUAUACCAGAAAAUGUAUCUUAUGCUGAAUGGUUUGAGAGCCUAGAACUGCCUGAUACUUUUGCUUCAUGGUUCGUCAUUACCGAGUUGCAUGUUUGGAUGCUUAUGGUGCGUUACAUGGCUGAAGAUAUUCUAUUACCUGUCAAUGAAACGAAAAAAUAUAUAAAAGGAGAUGGACAUUUUGUGAGGAAUUGUAUUAUUGAGGCUCUGUGGGCCGAUGUUGCCAACAAAAUAAAACUCUUAGAGGGUGCCAAUCCAGCAAUAGCAAGAAAGCAAGUAUCAGAAUUGUCAGAACAGUUUCAAGCUUCCUUGGUAGCUUAUGAUGAAGGACUUAGUGAUGAUAAAAUACUGGCUGCAGCCAUCUGGAGGAGAUUCUACUCAUUAGCUGAAGAUGUCAAGGCAGAACACAUUGAGAGGCUUGUUAAGUUUAUUAGGCACCAGAUCGCAGAAUUAGACAAGAUACCAAGUGAUGAUUUAAGGUCAAAACCGAAGAUCACCUGGCUAAGUAUAUUAAACCACUGA